AUGGCCACGUUCUUAAUUCGCUCAAUGACUCGUUCCGCAGCAACUGCAAUUAAAGUUCAGACAGCUGUUUUUGACAGCUUCUUCAACGGUCGAAGGUUAACUCGUUGUUAUGAUCGCUUUAUAUUCGCGAGUGCGCAAAUUAAUAAAGUGUGAUUCACUUAGAUUGUUUGCUUCAAUGACUUCUGAAGCAUUCACCAAGCAUGAAGUUGUUCCUGACGUUCUUCCGAAUUCUCCGCCAUCCAAAACCGUUAGCGUUAGGUUCAACUCUGGCGCCGAGGUACUUUUACUCAAUUUCAGCUCAGUUUUUUUUUUAUUAGAUAGUUUACAGGUAUUUGACUUAAUUUUAACUUUUUUAGGUGAGUCUUGGAAAUGUUCUGACUCCAACACAGGUGAAAGAUCAGCCGCAAAUUGCAUGGGAAGCCGAGGAAGGAGCUCUCUACACUCUCAUCAAGACAGGUAUACGGAUGAGGGAGGAAACCUUCAAUCUGAGUUCAGAUCCUGACGCUCCCUCGCGGGAUGAUCCCAAGUUCCGCGAAUGGCAUCACUGGUUGGUGGUGAACAUCCCUGGGAAUGACGUCUCCAAAGGCGACGUCCUUUCUGAAUACGUUGGAGCCGGACCGCCGGAAAAAACAGGUUCCGUUCGUUAUUUUUUAUUGAAUAAUUAUUUUCCACGUCCAGGUAGAAGGUUUUCUUUCUUGUGAAAUUUUUUUCUUGGAGACUAUUUAUAAUAAUGCCGCUUUCAAAAUGAUUUCUGCGAAAUGCCAAAUUAUCUCUCCAAAGUUUCGCGAUGAUCUGAAUAGAAAGGAAGAAAAUCGAAUGGAAGUUGUUUCAAAUUUCGAUUUUUGCAAACUCAGGCACUGGUGGACGACGCGCCGGGAUUCUGGCUCUCAUUUAGCCUUUUGAGUGGAAAACCCCUUUUCCAAUGUUUUUUGGUUUUUUUAUAAUACAUAUUAGUAUGCGUUCUUACUUUUAAAACCGGUUUUAAGCACGUUUGUGCGAGUUUUUGAAGAACUCUAUUUAAUUUAAAAAAGGGGUAUGGUUAAAAUUUUGGCGUCAGAAAUAAAAUGUUAAACUGAGCACAAUGAUGGAAGGGAACAAGUGAAAAAUGCGGAAUUUAUGAGCUUGAAUGGACAAAAAAGGCAAAAAAUGAGCGGGGACAUUUAGCGUGUCCCCGAUCGCCUGAAGCGCACGCGCCACGAGUGCCUGAGGAUAAAAAAAAAGUUUGCAAUUUAUUUGAUCUUUGAGGAGAAAAUGGUUUUUUUUUUUGAGAUUUGAAUGUUUUGCAGGCCUUCAUCGGUACGUGUUCUUGGUCUACAAGCAAUCGGGCAGAGUCGAAGACAAGGAUCACGGCCAUCUGACGAACACUUCUGCCGACAACCGGGGAGGCUUCAGGGCCGCCAACUUUGCCAAGAAGCACGGUCUGGGCUCUCCAGUCUUUGGAAACCUUUACCAGGUCAUUUUUUUUUUUAUCAAACAAAUAAUCCGAUUCUCGUCAUUGGAAUGUUCAUUUUUAUAAUAGUGAUGAUGGGACGGAAGUUUGAAGGAGCUAGGAAAUAUUACACUCUAGGAAUAGUUGACAAUUUUGAAUCUAAAAAAAAUCUGAAUCCUUAUGAACACGGAGCUUUUAAAAUUAAACUCAUUUUUUAAAAUUGAAUUGAUUCACUUUUCCAAUUUUUUGAGUUUUUUUUCUUUUCUUUUUCGGAAAAAAACCUCUUAAAGAGCUAACAUCCAUUUUUUUAAUUUUUUUAAUUUUUUUCGGUGAUUCCCGUGUUUCAUCAAGUUUUUAGAAAUUUUACAGUUUUUUGCAUAGUUUCACUAAGAAUAACUGACGAGAUAAACGCGAGGUCGGUGGCGGUACAUUGACGAACUCGCAAACAUGUCGCUUUUUUCUAGGCGCGAUCUCGCAUUUAUCUCGGCGCGACAUUGCAUUUUUCUUGUAUUUCGGAAAUUUUGAAAUUGCGAGACAAGUGCGAGCUCGCGCCUAGAAAAAUGCGAGACAGGCGCGAGAAAAAAAAGCGAGAUGUUUGCGAGCUCUUCAAUGUGCCGCCAGCGUCUCGCCUUUAUCUCGGCAGUUAUUCUUAGUGUUAUGCCGCGAAACUGUCUUUUAUUUUUGACGCAUUUUAAACGCACAACAUAAAAAAAAUAGAAAAAAAGUCAAUCGAUUGAAAUAUACAUGUUCGUGAUUUCUAAAAUAAUGUGGUGUUUUUUCCAAGUACUGCAAAUACAGUUUGUUUUUCCAUGUUUAAUUGCUGUCUUUAUACCAUCCUCAAGUUAAAAUGUUCAUGCCGUCUUCUUUUUUUCAAUUUUACUCGAAAGGAAAAAGGAAAACACGUGUGCAAGGGCUGAACUUGGUUAAUAUUGGAGGAGAUUUGACAAAACUUUUUUUGAAUAGUUGAGUUGUUUGCAAUUAUGAACUUUCCUUUCUGGUCACAUAAGCCAAUUCCAUCUGAAAAAAAAAACUGUUUAGUCUCAGGUUAUUUGACUUUAAUCAUUUUUUUAACUUGAUAAAAGGGGCUGGCUGCUCUCUAAAUUGCUUUGCAAAUGUAUGAAUAAACAGCAAAAGAAAGUAGUGACUGACUGAAAGCUCUGAAUUCGAUGAGAUUUUUGAGAGUUGGCUGUGUUCUAUCACCAUUAUAGCUUCUCACAGAGAUAUGGCAGAGGAUGUAUUACCACGUAUGAAUCGUUACUUCUUUCAAAGUCUUAUUCAUUUGAAUUUAAAAAAGUUUAUUUUAUUGAACUUUUCAUCGUGUUAUGUGAUCCCUGUAUAAAUGGUAACAAAGUGUUCGAUUCAGGCAGAGUACGACGAUUAUGUUCCAACUCUUUACAAGCAACUGGGUUUUUAA